GUUUUCCCCCUGAAGAUGGCAAGCGCGCAUGGGCUGAGUAGCGGUGGCGACGCUCGGUCAAUCGAACACUUUAGUAUGGUCGUGUACGGUGCUCGUGACGUUUCGUUCCGUUGCAUAAUUGAAUCGAGAUCAUCGAGCGAGACGGAGGAGUCUUGUCGAGGAACCGAGAUAUGCCGCAGAGUGGACGUCAGUGCUGCUAGCGUCGUCGUGCAGGAUGCGAGUGGAUUUUUCGUUGACGGAUCGAUAGCGAACGAGCAGAAGCAGAAGCAGCAGCAGCAGCAGCAGGAGCUUGUCACAGAAAACAUGUCGGCGGCGAUGAAAUCCAGCACCACGCCGGCGAACAGCAGGGUUCUUCCCAUGCUGAGCCAUUUCAGAUACGAGCAUUUCGUCGCCGGUAUAUCCGGCGGCGUGGUCUCCACGCUCAUGCUUCACCCGUUGGAUUUGAUCAAGACCAGAUUUGCAGUUAACGACGGCCAUUCACAAACGAGACCGCAGUACUUGAGCUUGAAGAGCGCGGUGGUGCAAAUAGUCAGGACCGAAGGACUGAAAGGACUUUACAGAGGCGUUACGCCGAACGUUUUAGGAUCAGGUGGCGCGUGGGGCUGCUACUUCUUUUUCUACAAUACGAUUAAGACAUGGAUCCAAGGGGGCAACAGCAAGAAGCCUUUGGGUGCGUCGAUGCACAUGUUCGCCGCAGCCGACGCCGGCAUCCUCACUUUAGUUAUAACGAAUCCACUUUGGGUAGUAAAGACACGACUGUGUUUGCAAUACAUGGAGGACAAGAAUCUUCCGGAAACGCUUAGAUACAACGGUAUGGCGGAUGCAAUUAGGAAAAUUUAUAGGACCGAAGGCGUCAGAGGAUUGUAUCGGGGUUUCGUUCCCGGGAUAUUCGGCGUCUCGCACGGUGCGAUUCAGUUCAUGGUAUACGAAGACUUGAAGAAUCGCUAUAACCAAUACUUGAACGUACCUAUCGAUACGAAGAUGAGCACCAUGGAAUACAUAUUUUUCGCGGCAGUGUCGAAGCUGAUCGCCGCGGCAACGACUUACCCUUACCAAGUGAUCAGAGCUCGGCUUCAAGAUCACCACCACCACUACGAUGGCACCUGCCAUUGCAUUAAAUCGAUAUGGAGGUCAGACGGGUUUAAGGGUUUUUAUAGAGGCUUAUCGCCGUACCUUAUACACGUUACACCGAACAUUUGUUUAAUUAUCGUAAUUUAUGAAACCUUUGCUAACACAGACUCUGAUUCGAAUCAAUGAUUCUUUAGAUUAUAUUAAUCUAAACAAUUUUUCUACUACAGAGCAAACGCAAAGAACAUAUUCUACAAUUCGUUUCGAGAUAUAGAUUUCUCUUUUGAUAUUCGAUUCGAUUUUUCCCAGCCCAUAUUCUUUUUUCUAUUCUUUAUCGAACGAUUUCGUCUCUUUUGUCGUUCUGUCAAUCGGGUGAAAAAGAAAACAGUUCCAACAGUAUUAGAAAAAUGUAAUUCUCGCGAUCACAUUUUUCAACACGUCGAUAUCAGUCAGUCUGUCACUCUUCUAAUUUUCAUUGGCAUUUAGCGAUGUUUUAAUCCGAUCGAUACAAUCUCCACGAUGGUCGUAAAACCAUUCGGUGAAUUUUUCUGGGAUCUUUUUAACGAAGUACCUUUACGUAACGAAUAAUUCUAUACCAGAAUUUGAUUGUUCUUAAGAAUAGUAAUCAAUCGAAGUCUUCAAGCCACGAAUGCCUCGAUGUUGUAGGUAGAAGCGUUUAAUUUAUUUUUAAUCCCGUAUUCGAAACACAAUCUCGAGGUUGUGCAUAAGCGAUUUUUUCGUACAAUGGGAGAUAGACGAUUUUAUCCUCGAAGUAACCGGGAAAGCGAUAUAUGUCAAUAUUAUUUUUAAUAUAUAUAUAAUUUAUACGUUUAUUUUAUUUAUUCCACGCUUGGCCACGUUAAAUCAUUUCGGUGGAUUGCGAGAAAGUUUAAGUGUUAAGAAGAUCGAACCUAUUUUUCUGAUCAAUUUCCUAUCGGGCUGCUACUUAACGUGUCAGGUGUAUUUAAAUAUUUUCUAACGAACGACUAUUGUAGAUAGUGGUAAUUAGCAUCAAUUGAUAUUAUCCGUAGCAAAAUUCGUUUAACCCUCCGGCUAAUUAAAGCGCAUCAUAUCUGAUCAUGGAUCUACGUUCUAUCCUCCUUCACUUCUCGUCGAUCCUUUGACUGUCAGCUCGCGAGGACUGCUGAUGCAUCGGCUACGUUUACUUACAAUUAGAGCAAUUAUAGUUUAAAUCCUAGCAGUUUUUGCGUAGAGCAGUGAACGUACUUUAUCUCCCGCGAGACGAGAUGUUCAGGCGCGAUAGACGGAGGGUUAAAAAGAGGACGUAAAAGUUUGAUGGUCCAUAACUUUGCAGUAAAUAAAUAACCAUAAACGGAUGAAACUUGCGAUGUUCGGAGCGGAAAAGCCUCUUCUUUAAAAAAAUGCCGCUUGGCUCGUCUCGAUGCGACUUUCCGUUCCGGAGAUAUAGUCGUGCGACUAUAAUUUUUGUUGUACUUUUCGCACGUUGAUUAAUCAAUUCGGACUUCUAAUUAAUACGCGUAACUAGACUGUGUCGAAUGCUGCGUCUAAGCUUUGGAUAUAUCUCUGAAACGGAUUGAUCCAUCCGGAUGAAUCAGAAGCGAUUUUGUUUUUCGUCUUGACUUCCUCAACUGAAAAAGUUUUCAAUAAAAAUUCAAUCUUGUAUCGAAUUUACGUUUUUAAUAUGUACAACUUCUUAGAAUUCUCAAUAAUACUGAAACUAGCGAUCUGAACAUUGUGUAUUUUUUAAUUCAGUUGAAAUUCGUAAGCUGUGGAACCCUGUUUGCCCGAUUUCAUUAGAAUUAUGAAAUAUUUAGAUACGCUUUCUGCUGGAAGAGGUAUCGUCGAAUAUCCUGAUUCGAAAUACAAUUCAAUCAUUCUCACUGGACAGUUUGAAAAGGACACAAUUAUACGAGCGCACGAAAGCUCCUCGCGUGGUCGUGCAGUCACGCCUGUUGUUGAUUAUAGGCUCCCAAUUAAUUAAUAAUUCCCGUGUGCGUAGGAGUGUAAUAAUUGUCUACAACUCUAAUUGUUAUCUAUAUGUUUGUCGUUAUAUUUCUGUACGGGAUAAUACCUGAUCUCGAUUAACCAGCGUUGCAAAAAGUCCGUCGUAGAGUUUGCUACCCGAAUAAAAUUUGUAAUAACCAUUACGAACUCCUGACGGUAGUAAACUGAAAUUUAUUAAGAAAUAUUCAUAGCAUUUCGAUCGGACAUACUUAAUUGUGUCUUAUAGCUGGUGAAAAUAAUUUAGCUGCUCGUCUAUUCAUUAGCAAGUUGCUUUCGACGGUUGUGCAGAAAAUUAGAUCUUAGAAACGUUUCUAGAGCAAUCCUAAAAGAUUAGGUUUACGUGCAGAUUGUUCUUGGAAUCGGCCGAUCAUUUUCAAAUGCAAACUUCGAUCACUUUUCUUUUACGUAUGAGUAAGCUAAGCGCCGUGGCGGGACCACGAGCAGCACACUUAAAAAGGCACGAGAAUAAUAAUAAUAAUGAUAAUGAUGAUAAUGAUAAUAAAGGGAGGACGAUGUCUGUUGUGUAUGAACGAAACGUGACUCGAAUGUAAUUGCGAUUAGUUUGUUAAACCACCAGCAGUACGAUUUUUGGACGUAUAAACGCAUGAUUUAUGUAAAUAGAGAUGAGACCAUCUGAGUGCGAAAUAAAUAUAAUAGAGAAU